AUGGCGGCAGAUGUGAUUGCGCCUUCUUUAACAGAGAUAUUUACAAAAUCUAUUCAUACUGGAAUAUUUCCAGAUGAAUGGAAGGAAGCAAGGGUGUCGCCAGUGUAUAAGAACGGUGCAAAGCAUGAUCCGAGCAAUUAUAGGCCUAUAUCGGUGAUUCCAACGGUUUCAAAGGUUUUUGAGAAAAUUAUCUUUGACCAACUUAAUAAAUAUUUUAACGACAACAAUCUGUUGACCACCUGUCAAUCUGGAUUUCGGUCAUUACAUAGUACAGUAACAGCGUUGCUGGAGGCUACAAAUAGCUGGUCUGUUAAUAUAGAUAAUGGUCUAAUUAAUGGGGUUGUUUUUAUUGAUCUGAAAAAAGGCUUUGAUACUAUUGAUCAUCAGAUAAUUUUACAGAAAUUAGAACAUUAUGGUACCGACGAUAAUAGUUUAAAAUGGUUUGAAUCAUAUCUUACUGGCAGAACACAAAAAUGCAAAGUUAAUAAUCGGCUACCAGGUUCGACGUCAGUAACGUGCGGAAUCCCACAAGGGAGUAAUUUGGGUCCGUUACUGUUCCUUAUCUAUAUUAACGACCUGCCAAAUUGCCUCCACCACGCCACUCCUAGAAUGUUUGCAGCCGAUACGAAUGUAAGCUUUGCAGCUGAUUCUCUGGAAGAGCUCCAAAGUGUUAUUAAUUCUGAAUUAGAACAUCUUAAAAGCUGGCUUAUUACAAAUAAGCUCAGUUUAAAUAUUGCAAAAACAGAGUUUAUGACAAUUGGAUCUCGACAGAGAAUCAAUGCUACUCAAGGUAGUAUAACCAUUAAGCUUGAUGGUAGUGAAAUCAACAAAGUCGAUACUGUUAAAUCCUUAGGAGUACAUAUUGACAAACACCUUUCUUGGUCAACCCAUAUACAGAAAAUAACUAAGAAAAUUGCUUCAGCCAUUGGUGCAUUAAAACGUUUUAGACCAUUUGUAAGUACGAGAACAGCUGUUCAGGUUUAUCAAGCCUUGAUACAACCUCAUUAUGACUACUGCUCCUCGGUCUGGGACGGUUUUGGAGAAACUCUCAGUAAUAAAAUACUACAGAACCAAGCAAUAAGAGUCAUUACGAGGUCGCACUAUGAUGCAAGCGCUAGUUCUCUUUUGAAUAAUUUGCUCCUAGACAAUCUUUGUUUACGACGCAAAAAGAUUAAGGCUGGAAUUAUGUUUAAAAUAAUCAAUGGUGAUGCACCAUCUUACCUACAAAAUCUCUUCUCUGUUCCCGGCAGUGGGUAUAACUUAAGAUACUCUGAAAUAAAGCUAAAUUUACCUAAGCCACGAACUAACUAUUUAAAACGAUGCCUUUGUUAUAGUGGAGCCUUAUUGUGGAAUAACUUGACUCAAAAUAUACGAAUGCUUCGUUCGUUACCACUAUUUAAGAAUUCCUUAAAUUAUUAUUAUUAUAAUUUGUAAAAUGACUCCCACACGGCAAUCUUGGAAAUCAGUUGUAAUUUUUUUAAUAUCUAAUUAAUGUACUGAAGAUUUUACCGUGUUAAAAUAAAGUUUUAUUGUAUUGUAUUAUUGUAUUGUAUUGUAUUCUAAUCGUAAGCUUUGCAUUCGGAAUUUCUCUUCCAUUUUCUUUUGGGCUAGGGCAAGUUCUUGUUGUUGUAUUUCCAUGGCAGACUGGGACAAUCGCAAUGGUCGCCAUCUUUGCAUUUCUACCUUCUUUAGUGCCGCUGUAGCCUCAGCUCUUGUAAGAGCUCGAGCGGCAGUGGAGGAUGUUGCGGAGCUGCGAGAACAAUGUAACGGGAAAUUCGGGAAUGGAAAAUAA